AUGAACGCAAACUGGCAUCCAGAUUGUUUUCGAUGUGAAAUUUGCAAUAAGCGUUUGGCCGAUGUUGGUUUUCUCCGGAAUGGUGGAAGGGCGCUGUGUCGUGAAUGCAACGAAAUCGAGAAGGAGGCUGGAUCGGGUCGUUAUGUUUGUCAUAAAUGCAAAGCGAUCAUCGAGGAAGGUGGGCAUAUCAAAUAUCAGGGUGACAGCUUUCAUCCGUAUCAUUUCAAAUGUGCUCGAUGCAGUAAUGAGCUGACCAUAGAUGCACGUGAAGUGAACGGUGAACUGUAUUGUCUGAGAUGUCAUGACACGAUGGGCAUACCCAUCUGUGGAGCAUGCCAUCGACCCAUCGAAGAACGUGUCGUCACGGCCCUCGGCAAAAAUUGGCAUGUUGAGGUAGUGCCAUUAGACUUAUUCUGUUUGCUUAUUCAGAUAUUAUUUAGGGUCAUUUUAGAGGUAGUCAAAUGUUCAGAUCAGUCUCAGUUGUGUGCGGUUAUGUCAAGAUCUGAUCAUGUUUCACUAAUUCAACUUCUUUACUGUUACAUUCAUGAUGACAUUGUUAUGAUCGCCUGA